CGGGUUUGGAUGGGCGGUGAUGAUACAGGCACUGCAAGCAGCAUCCCGGAGUAACACAGGCACGGAGGACCCACCAGCCCAGCUGAGAGAGCCCACCUGCUCUGCUGCUGCGGGGUGACAAUCCAGAAAGAGGGUCUCCUUGUUACAAACGGGGAGCACCUGCUUGCAAGCGCCCCUUGCCUCUCUUUCGCCUCUUCCCCGUGCCUCCCCUUCGCUUGGGAACUACAUCUCUUCCACCUCUGCACUUCUUAAGCCACGAAAGCUGCCCACCUGCCCAGCCAGGAUGACGGAAAUGAUCAAUGAAUGUAGCAUCAAAGUGCUCUGCAGGUUCCGGCCGUUGAAUCAGUCAGAAAUCAUCCGGGGAGAUAAAUUCAUCCCGGUUUUCCAGGGGGAUGACACCGUCAUCAUUGGGGGCAAGCCUUACGCCUUUGACCGUGUCUUCCCACCCAACACCACCCAGGAGCAAGUGUACCAUGCCUGUGCCAUGCAGAUUGUCAAAGAUGUGCUGGCGGGGUACAAUGGCACCAUCUUUGCCUAUGGGCAGACAUCCUCUGGGAAGACUCACACCAUGGAGGGUAAGCUGCAUGACCCCCAGCUCAUGGGUAUCAUCCCACGCAUUGCCCGGGAUAUCUUCAACCAUAUCUACUCCAUGGAUGAGAACCUGGAAUUCCAUAUUAAGGUUUCCUACUUUGAAAUCUACUUGGACAAAAUCCGUGAUCUGCUAGAUGUGACCAAGACCAACCUUUCGGUUCAUGAGGACAAGAACCGUGUACCAUUUGUGAAGGGUUGCACUGAGCGCUUUGUCUCCAGCCCUGAAGAAAUCUUGGACGUCAUUGACGAGGGGAAAUCCAACCGUCACGUGGCAGUCACCAACAUGAAUGAGCACAGCUCCCGUAGCCACAGCAUCUUCCUCAUCAACAUCAAGCAGGAGAACAUGGAGACCGAGCAGAAGCUGAGUGGGAAACUUUACCUGGUGGAUCUGGCUGGCAGUGAAAAGGUCAGCAAGACAGGAGCUGAGGGCGCUGUGCUGGAUGAGGCCAAGAAUAUCAACAAAUCCCUGUCGGCACUUGGCAAUGUCAUUUCGGCUCUGGCUGAAGGCACGAAGAGCUACGUGCCCUACCGAGACAGCAAGAUGACCCGUAUCCUGCAGGACUCCCUUGGGGGAAACUGCCGCACGACCAUGUUCAUCUGCUGCUCACCUUCCAGCUAUAAUGAUGCUGAGACUAAAUCUACUCUCAUGUUUGGACAGCGGGCUAAGACAAUCAAGAACACAGCAUCAGUGAAUCUGGAGCUGACAGCUGAGCAGUGGAAGAAGAAGUUUGAGAAGGAGAAGGAAAAGAACAAGGUCCUGAAGGAGACCAUUGCCAAGCUGGAGGCUGAAUUAGGGCGCUGGCGCAAUGGUGAGAAUGUACCAGAGACAGAGCAGCUGAGUGAUGAAGAGAAAGCGAUGCCUGAUACCUGUGAUGAGACACCCAUUAAUGACAACAACUCUUCCAUCGUUAUCCGGAUCUCGGAUGAGGAGCGGCACAAGUAUGAGGAGGAGAUCCGCAAACUCUACAAGCAGCUUGAUGACAAGGAUGAUGAGAUCAACCAGCAGAGCCAACUGAUGGAGAAACUCAAGGAGCAGAUGCUGGACCAGGAGGAGCUGCUAGUGUCUACCCGCGGAGACAAUGAGAAGGUGCAGCGGGAGCUAAGCCACCUGCAGUCGGAGAAUGACUCUGCCAAGGAGGAGGUGAAGGAGGUGUUACAAGCUCUGGAAGAGCUGGCUGUCAACUAUGACCAGAAAUCUCAGGAGGUGGAAGAGAAAAACCAGCAGAAUCAGCUGUUGGUGGACGAGUUGUCUCAGAAGGUGGCCACCAUGCUGUCCUUGGAGUCUGAGCUGCAGCGAUUGCAGGAAUUCAGUGCACAUCAGCGCAAGCGCAUUGCUGAGGUGCUCAAUGGACUCAUGAAGGAUCUGAGCGAGUUCAGUGUCAUCGUGGGCAAUGGUGAGAUCAAGCUGCCAGUGGAGAUUAGUGGUGCCAUUGAGGAGGAAUUCACUGUUGCCAGGCUCUACAUUAGCAAGAUCAAGUCGGAAGUGAAGUCGGUUGUGAAGCGCUGCCGACAGCUGGAGGGGUUGCAAGUCGAAUGUCACCGCAAGAUGGAGGUGACAGGCCGAGAACUGUCUUCCUGCCAACUCCUCAUCUCCCAGCAUGAGGCAAAGAUCCGCUCACUCACUGAGUACAUGCAGAGUGUGGAGCUAAAGAAACGGAACCUGGAGGAAUCCUAUGAUGCUCUGAGUGAGGAGCUGGCCAAGCUGCAGGCCCAAGAGACUGUCCAUGAAGUGGGCAAGGAGCAGGACCUGAUCCAGGAUGCAGAUGAAGUCAAAAAGGCCUUGGAAGUGCAACUGGAGAAUCACCGUGAGGCCCACCACAAGCAGCUGGCACGGCUGCGCGAUGAGAUCAACCAGAAGCAGAAGAUCAUCGAUGAGCUCAAGGACUUGAACCAGAAGUUAGAGCUUGAACUAGAAAAGCUUCGUGCUGACUACGAGAAACUCAAGAGCGAGGAGCAGGAGAAAUCGCAAAGGCUGCAGGAACUGACAUUUCUGUAUGAGCGACACGAGCAGUCCAAGCAGGACCUCAAAGGACUGGAGGAGACUGUUGCCCGUGAACUCCAGACCCUCCACAACCUUCGCAAGCUGUUCGUUCAAGACGUCACAACUCGAGUUAAGAAAAGUGCGGAGCUGGAACCCGAGGAUAGCGGGGGGGCUCAUUCCCAGAAGCAGAAGAUUUCCUUUCUUGAGAACAACCUGGAGCAGCUUACAAAAGUUCACAAACAGCUGGAUCGCUGGGUCUCCAAGCUGGUUCGUGACAAUGCAGAUUUGCGUUGUGAGCUUCCUAAACUGGAGAAACGUCUUCGGGCUACGGCUGAGAGAGUUAAGGCCCUGGAGGGUGCACUGAAAGAGGCUAAGGAGGGUGCUAUGAAGGACAAGCGCCGCUACCAGCAGGAAGUGGACCGCAUCAAAGAGGCAGUGCGCUACAAGAACAGCAUGAAGCGCAACCACUCUGCACAGAUUGCCAAGCCUGUGCGGCCGGGACACUACCCAGCUUCAUCGCCCACCAAUCCCUAUGGUGUCCGCAACUCUGAAUGCAUCAGCUACACUAACAGCCUCUUCCAGAACUAUCAGAAUGUCUACCUGCAGAAUGCUGGCAGCAGUGUGCCUGACAGCUACUUUACCAAUGCCUCUUCCAGCAGUGGAAGCAGCUCCUCCAGUGCCCCUCUGACUUCCUACCAGAAGCUCAAUAUGGAUAACGGAAAUGCCACAGACAUCAAUGAUAAUAGAAGUGACCUGCCCUGCAGCGUUGAAGCUGAUGAACAAGCCAAGCUCUUCCCACUUCACCAGGAGACAGCAGCCAGCUAAUAGCAACAGUGUCACCAACUGCCCAGGGGGCCUCAACACACCAUCAGUUUCUAAUUGGGAUGGAAGCCUCAACUCUGCAUGCUGCAGCCUGGCUUUCCACGGCCUCUGCUACAAAUGGGCUCUGUUUGUGUGUCCUGCUCUCUCCGUGUCCUGUAUAUUUAUCCAGCUGCUGCUUCUCUCUCAUUGUUUCUCUGUCUUACUCACUUAAACUAGACAAUUAUAUACUCACUUAUUUCCUUGGGCCCCCUGCUCCCUAGUCCAAGCCUGGUGCCCACCCCCUCUCCUGUCUCCGUUGCCUUAAGCCGAUGCCACAGGGACUGGCUGCUAUUGAACUCCUAUGGAGAAGCACCCUAUGGUGGGAAUGGGCUCCUGCAAAAGAGAAGAGGCUUAAGGCAUCUUCUUGGUUAGAUCAUGUUGGCCCUAGCCUGGCUAUGCAGAACCCAGCAGAAUCCCCAUGUCAGCUAGGACUUACUGUGCCCUAUGAGUUGAGCAUCUCCAGAUUACUAGCUAGGUGGGGGUAUAAUCACUACCGGGUAGCAUUGACUCUUCAAGAACGGUCUGGAGCAUCAACACCCAGCUCUUAUCCCUACAGGAUAUCCCUCAACAGGCAUAAUAGAUGAGUAACCAGCUUCAGUGUUUGGUGCCCACCAUGGUGCUUGAAUCUCAAAUUUUCUUUUAGAUCGAGCACCGGUAUUUCCUGGGUAUACCUAUAGGCUAAGGUCAUUGUGGCACUCCAGGAAUGACCAAGAAAUGCUUUUCUGCAGAAGGGAGUUACUCACUACCUGCUAGCAGAGGUGCUCUUACCCCUGGAAUGUGGGGCCAAAGUCCAGCACCUCCACACCCUCUGGGGGCCUCCAAAUCCUUUCUAGUUUGUCCCAGGUGGUGUGGUCACAUUAAAAAUGUGUUAAAAAUACUGUUUGGCGGGGGGGAGGGGCUCCCAAGGCCUUUAGGUCCAGGCUCCAAAAUUACCUAGGUGCACCUCUGCCUGCUAGUCACCCCUUUGGGUUGGUGUAGUAGUAUUAUAGAUGCUGCCUAUCCUGCCAAUUGCUUGGUUGAUGCUUAAUAAUGGGAACCAAAUGGAGAAUAUAUAACAAUAAAAACUGUAAGGAAUUGAGAUUGACAGCUCUGGUUUGAGCCAGCAACUGCAGAUGGGGAACUCAGGGGCUCCAUAUUAUUAUAAACGGGGGAGAUAAAGUAGUUUUGGGUGGGAGGGAUGAUCACAGUUUGCAGAGCAUCCUUCAGGUACUUGGUAGUCAGUUCUCCAUCACGUCCUGAUCAGCCACAACCCCUGCACAUCCAGGAGGGCAGGCUAGGGUCUAAUGAUUCUGCAAAGAGGGACAAAAUAUCCACACAUUUUGUAUUGUUCCUUCUUUGUCUCUCUUGAUAGCUGGGUCAGUGGCCUUAAGUCUGUGUUUCCAUGUAUAUCCCCAAGAGGAACAGUGAGUCCACUGCACAUCUUCAAUUAAUGUCACUUCUGAGUCACACGGAGCAGACAGGGCUGUGGGAGGAGGGGGGAAUGGCACCUCUUCUGGGGAAUGGCAGAUCUGCCUGCUGUCAAACUCCUUAAUGGCACAAGCCCUGUUUGGCCUUUUUGUUGGAGCUGCUGACACCCUGUCACUUUAUCCCUGUCUGCUCAGAUCGCACCAAAUGUUGCAUGUCAGAAUAUUUAAGUUUAUUUAAAAAAUAAAUAAAUGAAGAAAUAUGUUAAAAAAAAA